CGCCAUCAAGUCGCUGGACAACACCAUCCCGCGGAUAAAGCCAUUGCCUUCGAUAGCGGUAUUUCCGAUAGAUAUUUCCUGUAGAAAUGGAUAUUUAAGGGAUUCAUUAAUAGAAACUGUCAUCUCGAGAAGAACACCAAAAGACUGAGCCAGAAAGCCUUGUAUCACCAUCCUUCCAAUCGUCCGGCAGCAGUGCAGUUACAUUCAUUGACGCCUUCGACGACUCAUCAAUAUGCGACCUCCAGCUUGGAUACAGCCAGUGCUGUUAGCAAGCUGUCUACUGGCUCAAAGUACCAAUGCGUCAUUCAACUACGAACAAGAAGACCAGGCUGUACUGUCACCCAACAAUGACGCUGCACAGAGCAAGCCAAAGACCAACAAUGGUGGGAAGAAGAACAUUGUGUUCAUCCUCACAGACGAUCAAGACGCUGUCCUAAACUCUGUCUCUUAUAUGCCCAAACUCAAAGAGCAUAUCAUUGACAAGGGUACGUCGUUCGUCAACCACUUCACUACCACAGCCAUCUGCUGUCCUUCCCGUGUUGCACUUUGGACAGGGAAACAGCCUCAUAACACUAAUGUCACUGACGUCAAUCCACCGUAUGGCGGCUUCCCCAAGUUCGUCUCACAGGGAUUGAACGAGAACUACUUGCCUGUAUGGUUGAAAGAAGCUGGGUACAACACAUACUACACCGGCAAGCUCUUCAAUGCUCAUACUAUAAACAAUUACAACUCGCCUUAUCCUGCAGGAUGGACAGGAACCAACUUCCUACUUGACCCGGGCACGUAUGACUACCUGAACCCUAUCUACCAGCAUAACCAGGAGCCACCAGUUCAACACAAAGGAGUGCACACUUCAGACUUGAUUUCCAAGUAUGUACAUGAGCUUCUCAAGGAAGCCAUUGACGCCGAGAAUCCGUUCUUUGUUGCAAUUGCGCCUGUUGCGCCACACUCCAAUGUUAAUCUCAGACGGCAACCUGGAAACCCGAGCGCACCUCUUAUGACUAUUCCCAUUCCUCUUGAGAGACACUCUCAUCUCUUCGAAGGGGUCAAAGUCCCGAGGACGGAGAACUUUAACCCAGACUCGCCUAGUGGUGUGAGCUGGAUUCACAAACUCGCCCAGCUCAAUGACUCAUCGGUCUCAUACCUCGAUGACUUCUACCGCGCUCGUCUCCAGGCUCUUCAGGGUGUCGAUGAGAUUGUUGAGCAAGUAACCAAGCAGCUUGAAGAUGCUGGCAUACUUGACGAGACAUACAUCAUCUACAGCUCUGACAAUGGAUAUCACCUGGGUCAACACAGACUGCCUCCUGGCAAGGAGUGUGGCUUUGAAGAAGACAUCCACGUGCCUCUCUUCAUCAGGGGCCCAGGUGUAUCCUCAGGAUCCAUUGAGAAUGCCGUGACUACACACAUCGACCUUGCUCCUACGAUUCUCAGACUCGCAGGUGCGGACCUUCGCAGCGACUUUGACGGAACUCCUAUCCCUGUGUUGCCCACUCAGGAGAACAAACGACACGAGCACGUAGCGGUUGAGUACUGGGGCGGUGCUAUCGCUGAAGGCGAGAUUGGCGGUUUUGAUGGCAAGGGACAGAUUUUCGCGCAGAAUAAUACAUAUAAGGGCGUGAGAAUAGUGCAUGAGGACUACAAUCUUUACUACUCGGCUUGGUGUAACAACGAGCACGAACUCUACGACCUCAAGGUAUGUUUAUCUCAGUGCUGUUGACUGGCUUGAUGCUAACCCCCAUUAGACCGACCCAGGACAGUUGAAGAGCCUGUUCCCUCACGAUGACACAACUGCCGAUUCAGCACUGUUAGGAACGACUGCCCGACAGGUCCUCAAUCGCCUGGAUGCUCUCAUGCUCGUGUUGAAGUCUUGUAAAGGCAACACGUGCAUUGAACCAUGGAAGAUCCUGCACCCAGAAGGUGGUGUGACGAGCUUAAAGGAUGCUCUUCAGGCAAAGUUUAACGCCUUUUAUAAGGAGCAGGUAAAGGUUAGGUUUGAUCGUUGCGAGUACGGAUACUUGAUCGAUGCUGAAGGACCUCAAGUCGGAUAUGAGUAUCGUGAGGGCUUGGAGUGGCAUCAUUGGACUUGAAGGGCUGUCUCGUGAUUAUGACAGCAUUAUUAGUAGUCUAUAAAACAUCGGCUAUAGUGUCUCGCGGUGCUUUGCAUAAAGCCAAUAGCCUUCGCGUGGGAAUAUGUAUAAUAAGAUUUGUUCUCAAUAAUAUAACUGGCGUGAUUGAUGAGUGACAGAUCAAGAAUCGGCCUUUGUCGGCAUAGGUUAUAGCAUCACGACUUUAUCAACUCAAGAGUGGAGGGCUGGGAUAUGGCCUUGUGAUGUCUUUGGGCUUCGUCAAAGCUGGGCAUGCGCUGAUAUCGUGUUGUUCUUACGUGAUCAAGACCUCGAGGUACUAGGUUUGCUUUCCUUCAGCACGCUUAAGCAGUUUUCGAGGAAUGUUGAAUGGGCUUCAUCCCAGGUGAACUGACGGUGCUUCUGAUAGGUCUACCGAAGAGUACUUGAGUUUCAAUGAAAGAUUUCAGAAGCCUGGACAUUUUGAUGGGCCUGAGAUCCUUGUCGUGCCUUGAGAACUUUGACCACAGGUGUUCCGUAGAAUAUCGUGACUGGAUUAAGUCUAAGAGGAAUAAAACAAGAGAUUAGAAAAAGAUGAUGAAGGG